UGUCUCACUUGGUGGGAAGGAUGGGAGAGAAAACAAUCAGAUAAAGGGGAUUGUCGGUGGCGCAAUUAGCAAAAGGCUUCAUGGGCAAACCUGGCCCCCAUCUGCUUUGCAGGACAUCUUAGCUCAAUCGACUCAGAGCCAGCUCCGUCUCUGUUCCUCUGCAAACGCCUGAUUUCUGCUAUUUCUCCCGGGGUGGGAGCUGCCUCCCGUCGUGAAUCAGGCAGCGCCUGAGAUGUGAAACCCUCUUUUUCGAGACUAGUGGCUGGACCCCCCUCUGGAACAGCGAGCUCUUUCCAAGCCGAGCUCUUGGUGUCUGCGCUUGGCAUAAACAGUUACCUUUUUAAUUUUUUUGCAAGAUUUGAAUAUUUUUUUGCCCAGCAAAUUUUGUGGGGUUGCUAUCGAAUGUUGAUCGAUGAGUCGGAUGCUGUAACUUUUGGUUGGAGGCCUCCUCUCCUUUUGCUCUUUGUGGGGGGGAUGUCUGAUGGUUUUCAGCUGAAAUUCAGCACCACGGACCCCUCCCCUCUUUUGCUAAGGAACACUCCCGUGCCCUGCACCAGACUGUAGGGAGAAGGUGGAAGAGGGACAGAAGCCAGCGUGCAUUGCUUGCCGGGCCCUGCAGUCGCUGGUGUCUGAGUUGUUCCUGGCAUGCUGCUCAUGCCGAGGGCACUGGGACUGCCCGCGAUGUUGCAGACUAUUUACGAGAGUGAAUCGUGUUUCUCUUCAGAUGGAGUAUCCGGACGUGAGCAGUCGUUGGAGCUCCUGUCGCGGACUCAGAUCCAUGCCCUUCCCGUGGCAGCGGUAGACGUGAAGCCAGUGCUGCCUGCAGCCAUGCAGAACUGCAGCAGCAGCAGCAGCAGCCCGGUGGAGCUGCGGCCAGACGGGCGGGGGAGCGUGCCCAGCGUGGACCCAGCAGUGCGGGAGCAGCAGCUGCAGCAGGAGCUUUUGGUCCUGAAGCAGCAGCAACAGUUGCAGAAGCAGCUGCUUUUUGCUGAGUUCCAGAAGCAGCACGAGCACCUGACGCGGCAGCACGAAGUCCAGCUGCAGAAGCACCUCAAGCAGCAGCAGGAGAUGCUGGCGGCAAAGCGGCAGCAGGAGCUGGAGCAGCAGCGCAAGGGGCAGCAGCAGCGGCAGGAGGAGCUGGAGAAGCAGCGGCUGGAGCAGCAGCUUCUCAUCCUCCGGAAUAAGGAGAAGAGCAAAGAAAGUGCAAUCGCCAGCACAGAAGUGAAGCUGAAACUCCAGGAGUUCCUCCUCAGCAAGUCUAAAGAGCUGGCAGCAGGUGGCUUCAACCAUUCCCUCCCGCAGCACCCCACAUGCUGGGGAGCCCAUCAUACCUCAUUGGACCAGAGUUCCCCUCCCCAGACAGGCAGCCCAGGAACACCGCCCUCCUAUAAACUACCCCUCCUCGGCACGUACGACAGCAGAGACGACUUUCCGCUCCGGAAAACUGCCUCGGAACCCAACCUGAAAGUGCGCUCGCGGUUAAAGCAGAAAGUGGCUGAGCGCAGGAGCAGCCCCCUGCUGCGGAGGAAAGACGGAACCGUCAUCAGCACGUUCAAAAAGAGAGCUAUCGAGAUCACAGUCUCCUCCGUGUGUAACAGUGCCCCCGGGUCCGGCCCCAGCUCCCCCAACAGCUCCAGCUGCACCAUCGCUGAGAACGGCUUCACCGGCUCCACCCCCAACAUCCACACUGAGCAGAUGCUCCCUCCACGCAGAGCCCUGGCAAUGGACGGGUCCGCUAGCCAGCUCAACCUCUACACCUCCCCAUCCCUGCCCAACAUCUCCCUGGGACUGCAGGCAACGGUCACCGUCACCAAGUCGCACCUCAACGCGUCCCCGAAGCUCCCCACCCAGCCGGAGGCGGAGCGCCAGGCCAUCCCGCCACUGCGCCAAGGUGGGGCCCUGACGGGCAAGUUCAUGAGGACCUCAGCAGCCUCCUCGCACUGGCCUAGGGCAGUCACCCGGCACAGCUCCGCAUCCCGCCUCACCCGCUGCUCUCUCCUGUCAGUGCCGCUCCAUGGCCAGUCCCCGCUGGUGACGGGCGAGCGGGUCUCCGCCAACAUGAGGACGGUCAGCAAGCUGCCGCGCCACCGCCCACUGAGCCGCACCCAGUCGUCCCCGCUGCCCCAGAGCCCCCAGGCCCUGCAGCAGCUAGUCAUGCAGCAGCAGCACCAGCAGUUCCUUGAGAAGCAGAAGCAGCAGCAGAUUCAGCUCAGCAAGAUCAUCACCAAGGCGGGCGAGCUGCCCCGCCAGCCCACCACGCACCCCGAGGAGACGGAGGAGGAGCUGACGGAGCAGCAGGAGGCCCCGCUGGUGGCCGGCUCGCCGGAGAGCGAGAGCACGCAGGAGGACCUGGAGGAGGAGGAGGGCUGCGGGCCGGAGAGGGACGAGGGGGGCGAAAGCGGGGCCGAAGAGGAGCCCAUCGACUCGCCGGAGGUGGUGGAGCUGGGUGUGGCUUACAAGCAGGUGUUCCCAGAUGCUCAGCAGCUGCGGCCCAUCCAGCUCUUCCCAGCGUCUUUGAGCAUUGCCACCCUGCCUCACCAAGCGCUGAGCCGGACCCAGUCCUCGCCUGCCUCCGCGGGCAUGAAGAGCCCUGCGGCUGAGCCCCCGGUCAAACACCUCUUCACUACUGGCGUGGUCUACGACACUUUUAUGCUAAAGCACCAGUGCAUGUGCGGGAACACUAACAUUCACCCAGAGCAUGCUGGGAGAAUCCAGAGCAUCUGGUCCCGGCUCCAGGAGACUGGCUUGCUGAACAAGUGUGAGCGGAUCCGGGGCAGGAAAGCCACGCUGGAUGAAAUCCAGACAGUCCAUUCAGAGCAUCACACGUUGCUGUAUGGAACCAGCCCCCUCAACCGGCAGAAACUCGACAGCAAGAAGCUGCUAGGUCCCAUCAGCCAGAAGAUGUACGCGGUCCUGCCCUGCGGUGGCAUCGGGGUGGACAGUGACACCGUGUGGAACGAGAUGCACUCAUCUAGCGCCGUCCGCAUGGCCGUGGGUUGCUUGGUGGAGUUAGCCUUCAAGGUGGCCUCCGGGGAGCUCAAGAAUGGCUUUGCUGUCAUCCGGCCACCGGGACACCAUGCGGAGGAAUCCACCGCCAUGGGCUUCUGCUUCUUCAACUCCGUCGCCAUCACGGCCAGACUCCUCCAGCAGAAGCUCAGCAUUGGCAAGAUCCUCAUUGUGGACUGGGACAUUCACCAUGGGAACGGCACCCAACAGGCCUUCUACACCGAUCCCAGCGUGCUGUACAUCUCUCUGCACCGCUACGACAACGGCAACUUCUUCCCGGGCAGCGGGGCCCCCGAGGAGGUUGGCAGCGGGAUAGGGGUGGGCUACAACGUCAACAUAGCCUGGACGGGUGGAGUGGAGCCCCCCGUCGGAGACGUGGAGUACCUGGCCGCGUUCAGGACGGUGGUGAUGCCAAUAGCCAACGAGUUCUCCCCGGACGUGGUUCUGGUCUCUGCCGGCUUCGAUGCAGUGGAGGGACACCUGUCUCCCCUGGGCGGCUACUCCGUCACAGCAAAAUGUUUUGGACACCUGACCAAGCAGCUGAUGAAACUGGCCGGCGGACGUGUGGUGCUGGCUUUGGAGGGCGGUCACGACCUGACAGCUAUCUGCGACGCCUCAGAAGCCUGUGUCUCUGCCCUGCUUGGUGUGGAGCUGGACCCCCUGGAUCAAGCUCUCCUGCAGCAAAAGCCAAAUGUAAAUGCGGUGACCACGCUGGAGAAGGUCAUUGAAAUCCAGAGCAAACACUGGAGUUCUGUGAAGCGUUGCGCCUCGGUGGUCAGCUGCUCCUUGCGGGAGGCGCAGGAGGGCGAGGCGGUGGAGGCAGAGACAGUGAGCGCCAUGGCAUUGCUCUCGGUCGAUACUGAACAAGGAAGCACGGACUGCAGCCCCAGGUACGGCUCCUCUUCUCGUGUCACCCGGGGCAUAUCGACCCUCACGCCUGCAUUAGCCUCCUCCUGUGUAUCCCCGCAGGACGUGUCCGUGGGCUGCCCUCAGCUGGCUCACUAGGCCACGCUCUGGUCACGUGUUCGCUGGGGGGGGAGCUCG